AUGAGCAAGAAGUUCAAGUCACAGGCCUCCGCUUCGAGCGCUCGUGCUGCUUCUGCUGCGUUUGGAUCGUCCUCAUCCUCCGCCUUUGGUUUCCGCACCCCGUCCCCGGGAUUCCAGACUGCGCCCUCUUCCCUAUCCUACAUCGCUGAACAACCAAAUCUCAGCAUUGUUUCGAAUCCGAACCUGGUUGUCUCCCUCCGAAACCUCAGCAAGAAAGAUAGUACUACCAAAGCUAAAGCACUCGAGGAGCUACAGGACUAUGUGAACUCGUUGACCUCGGGCGAUUCCAUUGAUUCUGGCCUGCUGGACGCAUGGGUCAGCCUAUACCCUCGGACCUCGAUCGACAAUGCACGCAGAGUCCGCCAACUCGCGCAUGCCCUGCAGGGCUCUCUCACUACUCUCGCCGGCAAACGAAUGGCUCCUCGUCUACCAAAGGUGAUCGGAGCAUGGCUUUCUGGCUGCUACGAUAAUGACAAGUUGGUGGCCCGAACCUCGCAAGAGUCAGUUGCGACUGCAUUUGCCACAGAGGACAAGAGACGGGCGCUGUGGAAGGUCUACCGGGGUACCCUCCUUGACUACGCCCAUGAUGCCAUCUUGGUCCAGACAUCUCAAACAUUGAGCGAUGAACGGUCGACCACGCCGGAUGAUUCAGAGGCCAAAUUUGUUCGAGUAGUUGCGAAUGCCAUGCAAAUGCUCAGCCAAAUUAUCAAGAUCAAUUUCGCCCAAGUGACAGGUACCAGCAAACCUGACGUUCCGGAGAGCCUCGGAAGGAUUGUGGCAGAUAAAAAGCUUUGGGAAUACUCGUCUCAUGAGGAUCCUGUUCUGCGAAGCGCUGUUUGCAACCUAGCCUGCGUGUGCGCAGAUGUGAUCCCUGGGGAGCUUGAUUGGAAAAUCAUAAGCGCUUGCUUCAUUGGCAAAGCUUUGCAUAGCAGUCAGCUGGGCUCGUCCCGCCAACUGUUAGAAGCUCUUCUCGCCCUCACUUCAGUCCGGUCGGGGAUAUGGACCGCGGAUUAUUCUUCGAAAACAACGGCCUCCAAAAGGCUGUUCCAGUACCUGCGGAAAGGCUCACAGCGAGGCCCGGCGGAUUUCUGGUCUAACGUCGCGAUGCUUCUUAAAAAGAUCCCACUCGAAGUCUGGAGCACCAUCGAUGGGAAAGGUCGCUUAGACGAUGUCACAACAUUACUCGAGUCCUUACGGUUGGGCAUAGCCAGCCCUGAAGAACCACGCCAGAAUCUUGAAGCUGCCUGGUCUGCCUAUGUCGAGGUAUCUUUCUGGGCAUUCCACCUAUUGGAAGAUGACCAGUCUAAAGCAGCACUGUUGGAAGCGAACAUCCUGCCAUUGGUCAAUCAAUAUAUUGUUCACGAUCCUAAGCAAACUGUUUGGGACAUUCCGAGUUCACACAGUGCCAAGAUUUCCGCGUCAGCACUCAUUAAUCUCAUUCACUGCAAUUUCUCGUCGUUCGAGAACGUAUGGGUCCGAUACUGUGAGCAACUCAGUGCUCGCAUGAAGCUAUCCCUGCCAGAAAGCUCGAAAGAUUUUGCAAAAUCGCAGGACGACGUGAUCGCGCACGCUCAACGGCUAUUCCGCCUCAAGCCACUUAUCAUUCAGGCCGAAUCUCAGCGUGCAGCGAACGUCUUUCAAGAGACAGAUGGUUCCCUGUUGAAUGCCGCCUUACAAGUCCUGAAAACGCGAAGGGGCAAGCCAUAUAGUGCAGCUGCUGUUCUCGAGGCAGUCACUUCCCCCAUGGAGACAAUAGCUUCCAAUUCGUUGGAAGAAUUCCUAGAAUCAGAUGCCGUCGACCUGCUCGCUAGCCCGUCUGCAGAAUACUUAACUUCCGUCCUGCUACAUUUCCAUCGAAAUCUGGGACAGGCUCUCGCAAAGUUGAUGGGCUCAGAUCAUAAUGUCAGCGCCAAUGCACUUGCACGACUUUUAGGUCAAAUUUCCGAAGAGGAUCUCUUGCAGAAUCCUGAAAUCGAGCCUUUCAUUAUCCACCAGAUCUCCUCACAACUAGAAAACGGAUUUGCCCAAGAAAUUGUGAAGAGUGUCUUGAAAAAUUCUAAACUGGCUCGGUCCAAUUUACACAAGAAUUGUUGCCAAAAGAUUCUCGUUCAGUUAUCUCCAGGCGCCGAUACACCAUCGCAGCUCGCAGUUCUUCGCUUCCUGCUUAGUUCAACUUCUUCCCUUAUCUUUGGCGACAUAGGAAGCACGAUUCUCGCGAAGCUCCUCGUUCUCUCCGAUUCUGACAGUGCAGAAACAGCCGAGCUUGCAACCUCACUCAUAGCAAAAAUUAAAACGUUACCUGCAGGGGAGUCAUCCACAAUAGCUUCUUCUGCUGCUGUCAUUGCCGAUCAGCUCUCUGGAAACGGCGUUCCUCUUUCUAUCUUCGUGCUCAUUGAUCUCGCGAAAGACACCCUCAAAACUUCGCAGUCACACGAAUCUGACUUGAUUGCCGCUCUCGUUCCCUCUGUUACUCAGUGGAAAGCCGCUCUCGAAGCUCAUAUGAACACUAUGCCACACCUUUCACUCUCAAUCACGAAUCCUCUCCACGGACUUAUCUUCAUGAUUAAGCCUGUAGAUUCUGUGACGACCACGAAGCAGCUCAAAGACCCUGACGAAUUCUCCUUGCUAUUUCGACUUGUUCUCUACAUGACAAAAAUCCUACUUGAUACUGACAUAAUGAUUUGUCAAUCAGAAUACCAAUUGCAAACGCUGUACAGCUAUUAUCCCCUUGCUCUACAAUUCGUCAAUCAGAAGUUGACUCUGGAGGCUGCAAAUGAUCUUUGGGAGAACACCAGCGAUGAGGUCACGGAAGAAGCUGCUGAAUCACUCGCGCAAGGAAACUCUUUGGUUCAGAGGUGGGCUCAAGAUGAUAAAAUGCUCAAAAUUUGGAUCGAAAAGAUUCGCUCACUAAAAAAUUCAAACCCAACGGCAUUCUAUUACGGCCUGACAUUUACCGACGUUACGUCACGUUUCAUCGACCAACACGGGCCUACAAUAAUCACGUCCACCUUCGGGGAGGAAAUGAAGGAUUUACACCGAGUUCAAGAGGUCGCGCUAUCUGCAAGUCUGGUUUGUACUUGUCGGGACUACCUCAUCAACUCACCUCAAGGCCGCAAAUUACUCAACGAGCUGAUUGCCACCGGAACCGAUUUAAUGAUUCCUUGCACAUCCGAAAAGGGCCUACAGGCACUGGUUCUCCUAGACCUUCUCCUAAACGGACGAUCCGAACCGUUGGAGAGCAUCCCUAGUCAACGGCAGAUCUUCCUGAUGCAAACUCUUGUGCGUGUCGCUGGUGAUGCCGUCGCUGGCCUAGCUUAUCAAACAAUGGCCAUGAAACUUCUUGAACCCAUCGUUACAGCUACCAAAGACAUCUAUGGGGACCAUUGGGAACGCAGCCUGCAAAAUUUGCUCGCCAUUUUGCAGAAUGGCAAUGACUUGAACAGCGAUCUUCCUCUCGUGCAUGCAUCACUUCGAGUAUACGGACGUCUGAGAGACCUUGCCACCGCUGAAGAUGCAAAUGAGGACUUAGUCGAUGCCUGGAAAGCCUCACAGCCAUCUUUGGAAGGGAGUUUGCUGCACUGUCUCAACAGCUUCAAUGACUCCAGCAAAGAGAUUGACCAACCCCGCCGGAUUACUGCUGAAUUGCUUCGAAGACAGCUCUCGCACAUCAACGUGCCGCCUGAUGCGGAUCUUUACUCUUUGUUAUCGUCGCGGGAAGAUCCUGUCCGAACCGCUGCCUACGAUCUUCUGCACCGAUCGAUUCCCUCCAAGCAGGAGCAGAUCUCGCUAGAUGUUGCCCUCGAGUCAAAGGCUGCUCAUCUCCCAUCGGAGCUCUUGAAUAUGGUGUUGGACGCACCACAGGCCUCCGGUCCAGGGUCUGCGUCCUCUCGGCAGAGUUACUUGCUUUCCUGGCAUUUGGUCUUUGAUCACUUUUCAAUGGCGUCGUACAAGCUGCGGGAGUUCUAUGCUACGGACAUCAAAGAAAAAGGUAUACUCGGAGACCUCCUUGACUUCGUCUGCGACAUUUGCCGGAUCUCGAGUAAUCGGGCAAUUGACGCAUCGAAGAUCAACAUCAAAUCCUUUGAACGAGGCACUGACGAGACAGAUGAGCAAGAGGAGCAGCACCUCGCUAUGCACCUUUAUUAUUGCUGCUUACUGUUUCUCCCCGGACUCACUCGAAGUUGGUUCAUUGAACAAAAGAACCGUGUCAAGUCGCCAUUGGAGAGCUGGACUCAGAAAUAUUUCGCACCAGCCUUGAUAUCAGCUGCUGCUGCAACAGUCAGCGAAUGGAUACAAAGCCAAUCGCAAGAGGAGAAUGACGCACCUCUGACAGUGAAAACGUCGCUAAGCGGCUCUGAACUGGUGGCGUCGAUAGCCGUAGAUCCCGAGUCGCCCUCAAUAUCUUUAGCGAUAUCGUUGCCGAAAACCUAUCCUCUAGAUUCUCCGACGGUGUCAUCCCGCACUCGAGUGGGCGUCUCGGACAAGAACUGGCAAUCGUGGCUGCGGACCUUUCAAAUCAUCAUAUUCAGCACUGGCAGCAUUAUCGAGGGCCUCGUCGCAUUUCGGCGCAACGUACAAGGCGCUCUGCAAGGCCAAAGUGAGUGUGCCAUCUGUUACUCUAUCAUCGGGACAGACAUGCAAACCCCCAACAAACGAUGUGGGACCUGUCGCAACACCUUCCAUGGGACUUGCCUCUUCCGAUGGUUUAAGAGCUCCAAUAGCUCGAGCUGUCCCUUGUGCCGAAACAACUUCAACUACGCCUAA